CGGCCCGCCCCCGCCGCCGGCGCCGCUUCCCUGAGGCGGGACCGGGCCGGGACCGGGGCCGGGACCCGGCGGCGGCUCCGGCGCUCCCCACGCGCGGCCCCGCGGGGCUCUGAGCUGAUGAUGGAAGAGGUGCACAAGGGCAGCAGCAGCAGCAGCUCUGUCACGUCCCAGCCCUCAGCUGUACAAGGUACAACCCUGCAGGCAGCUCAGCUCUCUCAUAUUGCUCAACAGAUGUCUCUCAGAGGUUCUGCUCCCCUCACAGUCGUUCAGCUUCCUGGAGAGCAAGUCCAGGUCCAGGGAGUCAUUCAGACAGCUCAGUCCUCCUCUGUGAUCCACUCCCCUCAGGUGCAAACCGUGCAGGUAUCUUCCUUGUCUGAGAGUGAGGAUUCUCAGGACUCCUCAGACAGCAUUGGCUCCUCACAGAAGGCUCGAGGCAUCUUGGCUCGUCGUCCAUCCUACCGAAAAAUUUUGAAAGAUCUUUCUUCUGAAGACACACGGGAUAGAAAAGGAGAUGAGGAAAGCCCUGGGGUCUCCACUGUCACCUCCAUGUCUGUUCCCACACCCAUCUACCAGACAAGCACUGGACAGUACAUUGCCAUCGCGGCCAACGGGCUACAGCUGGCAGGGCCAGGGGCAGACGGGGUGCAGGGGCUGCAGACACUGACCAUGGCCAAUGCUGGUGGCUCCCAGCCCGGGACCACCAUCCUGCAGUACGCCCAGACCUCGGACGGGCAGCAGAUCCUGGUGCCCAGCAACCAGGUGGUGGUGCAGACUGCCUCUGGGGACAUGCAGACGUACCAGAUCCGCACCACGCCCACCACCUCCUCCCUGCCCCAGACCGUGGUGAUGACAUCCCCGGUCACUCUGACAUCCCAGAGCAGCAAGACAGAUGACCCACAGCUGAAACGAGAGAUCAGGCUGAUGAAGAACAGAGAAGCUGCCCGGGAGUGCCGUAGGAAGAAGAAGGAGUAUGUGAAAUGUUUGGAAAAUCGAGUGGCAGUCCUGGAAAAUCAGAACAAAACUCUAAUUGAAGAGCUAAAAACUUUGAAAGAUCUUUACUGUCAUAAAAGUGUGUAAGAAGAGAAGAUUUCACAGCUCAAAGACUCUAUAGAUUUUCUUUACAACAUGUUGGUGACAAAGUACAAAGAGGAAACAAGAAAACCUCACCAAAAUUCCUGCUGGCACAACUGGAAACUGCUAAAUUCAAGAUUGCAGCUACAGUGGAAGGACAGUCACGUGUGGCGAGGCAGGUGAUGAGAGUUUCUUUGAAAAUUCCUAUGAAUGCCUCUAAUAAGGGAGGCAAAAUUUGGUUACAAAGAAAACAUGGAUGAAACAGAAUCCUUGCCAUAGCUGACAUUAUAGUAACAUUUAUAACCAGUGUAUGUUUUGAUUUCUUACUCUUUUUCAAGCCUUUUUCCUUCAGUUAUUUGUCUGUAAAUAUUUUUAUUUUAACCUGUAAGUUGGUAUUUACAGGUGCAGGUGAUAAAAAUGCUGAUACUUUGCUCGAGGUAUAAAUUAUGUUUUUACUCUUUCUCAGAUGACAAUUUAAAAAGUUGGGAUGAUUUUUUUUUUCCAUGUUUGCCGUGUUUAUCAGAUUGGGAAAGGAUCUGCAGAAGGCAGCAAGAGGCCUGGUCCUGGAAAUGUCUGAGGCACAGAAAAUUGUGUUGAUUUUCUCAGAGAAUUCAACACAUCAGUGAUUUUAAAGCACAGUGUGAUGGGCAAAGACUGGUGACAAAAGUUCUGAAGAAUUUCUGAGAUUAAACUUCUGAAAGUUUUUAAUUUCACAAGAGUUUGUUCUUAGUUCUGGGCAUGAGAAACAUCGAUCAUUGAAAAUUAAAUUGAUCAUAUCUACAAUUAAACACUCAGUGCUUGUCCUGGCUGGGGAUUCUCCUGGGCUUUGGAACAUGAAACCAAAUAGAAGACAAAUGAUGUAGUAAAAAAUGGAAGAUCUAUACCAAAGGGUUUUGAGGUUCUAAUCUCUGGUUUAUUGCUGGAAGUAGUGCAAAAUUACAAUUUCCAGCCUAAUUUUGUAAGGUAGGAGCUAUUUUGCAAAGUAAUGGUAUCUUUGUAAGCAAAUACUAUAUUGCAAACAGGGAGAUGGGUGGUAUAUUUUGUAGCUAAAUUGUGAUCUUUACAAAACCUGAAAUUGAGUUUCUAUACGUAUUUUGACAGUUUAUAUCUUUCAUUUUAGUAACCAAAUGAAAUAUUUUGUGAACCAGAUUUUCAAGGAUAUAUUUUUAUGGAUAGUACAAAGUCAAAUGAGAUCCUCUUUGGUGUAGGAGAUACUUGAAUUAAUUUUGUAUGUCUGUAGGCAACUUGCAGAAAAAAAUGGAUCCUAAAGAGUAUUGGGGUGGGGAGGGAAAAAGAGGGAAAAAAAAUUAGGGAUUUUACUCCCCAGAGUUGACAAUAUCUGCCCAUUAGAUCUCAUUGUAUCAGAGAAUCCAGUUGGUAAAAUUUGAAUUUGUUUCAGGUGAAAAUCAAAAGUUUGACAUGAUCAGGACUCCUUUAGCUGGGGAAUCUCCAUUCUUGGAGAUGCCCAGAGCUGUCUGGCUGUGGGGCCUGGUGGGCAGGGCAUGGUCCUGGUUAGGACAUGGUCCUGGUGGCCAGGCCGUGGUCCUGGUGGCCAGGCUUUGUUUCUGGUGGCCAGGCUGUGGUCCUGGUGGCCAGGCUGUGGUCCUGAUGAGGACAUGGUUCUGGUGGCCAGGCUGUGGUUCUGGUGGCCAGGCCGUGGUCCUGGUGGCCAGGCUGUGGUUCUGGUGGCCAGGCUGUGGUCCUGGUGGCCAGGCUGUGGUUCUGGUGGCCAGGCCGUGGUCCUGGUGGCCAGGCUGUGGUUCUGGUGGCCAGGCUGUGGUCCUGGUGGCCAGGCUGUAGUCCUGGUGGCCAGGCCGUGGUCCUGGUGGCCAGGCCGUGGUUCUGGUGGCCAGGCCGUGGUUCUGGUGGCCAGGCCGUGGUCCUGGUGGCCAGGCCGUGGUUCUGGUGGCCAGGCCCUAGUCCUGGUGGCCAGGCUGUAGUCCUGGUGGCCAGGCCGUGGUCCUGGUGGCCAGGCUGUGGUUCUGGUGGCCAGGCCGUGGUCCUGGUGGCCAGGCUGUGGUUCUGGUGGCCAGGCCCUAGUCCUGGUGGCCAGGCCGUGGUCCUGGUGGCCAGGCUGUGGUUCUGGUGGCCAGGCCGUGGUCCUGGUGGCCAGGCCGUGGUCCUGGUGGCCAGGCUGUGGUUCUGGUGGCCAGGCCGUGGUCCUGGUGGCCAGGCUGUGGUCCUGGUGGCCAGGCUGUGGUCCUGGUGGCCAGGCCGUGGUCCUGGUGGCCAGGCUGUGGUUCUGGUGGCCAGGCCGUGGUCCUGGAAGCCAGGCCGUGGUUCUGGUGGCCAGGCCGUGGUCCUGGUGGCCAGGCUGUGGUCCUGGUGGCCAGGCCCUAGUCCUGGUGGCCAGGCCAUGGUCCUGAUGAGGACAUGGUCCUGGUGGCCAGGCUGUGGUUCUGGUGGCCAGGCCGUGGUCCUGGUGGCCAGGCCGUGGUCCUGAUGAGGACAUGGUCCUGGUGGCCAGGCUGUGGUCCUGGUGGCCAGGCUGUGGUUCUGGUGGCCAGGCCGUGGUCCUGGUGGCCAGGCCGUGGUCCUGAUGAGGACAUGGUCCUGGUGGCCAGGCUGUGGUUCUGGUGGCCAGGCCGUGGUCUUGGGCAGGUGCUGUAGGUGACUGCAGUGCUUCUUGCAUGAGUAAUAAACCAUUUCCAUAGCUGGGAUUGAAUCCUGCUUCCAGUUCUGUCAGCAGGAAUUACACAAUGCACUGGGCUGUCCCAAGGUGUUCGAGCUCCGUGUGUGUCGUGCUAGCUCAGAUCUGGAUGGAAUUCCAAGCUGUGCUCCCUCCCUGGAUGUGUAAUGCUUAUCCCAUGGUCAGUCAGUAUUUUUGAUUUUACUCCUUUGGGAAUUAAUGGACUUGUAGCAAGCAGAGCUCUUUGCCAUGAGGAAUCUGCAUUCCACAGUCUCCUGGUUGUGGGCUAGAAAAGGAUAUUUUUUUUUCCCCUGAAGUUCCCAAGUCUCUGAUUGUUGUGGGCACGAGUCCCAGUGUGUUUCCUUUAGGCCAGGCUGGAUUGUGACUCCUCGUUGCCAUCAUGUCAGGAAAAAAGCUUUGUGACACAUCAGAAAUGAGGUUGGGAAAAGUCCUAAACUGAGGGAGCUGCUCCUGGAGAGGUGUCGGUGUUUCCCAUUUCUUUGGUGGAAUUCCAGGAAAAUUGAACAGCCUGGAAUGUGCCUGGAACAUGCACCUCAGAGAGCUGGACCUUUCCUCAGCUGCGUGUAACCUGGCACGUGGGAGAGGGUUUGACCCACAGUUCUGAACUGCGGUGGGAACUCUGAUCCUCACGGUGUUCUCUUUUUUCCUUUUGUAAGAUGGAACAAUAAUAAACAAAAACUAUCAAGUGUUAAGACUGUAAAAACCUAGUGGCCAAUUCUUCUUGUAUCCAGCAAGGGAAGCAUCUGUCCUGCCAGACACACCAGGAGUCAAUUUUUAUACUCUUGAAACAGUGUGUUGGAAAGAACAGCUGAUUUUUCAUCUUGGGAAUAUUAAACAGUAACACAAGUUCGCUCUUUAAGCACUGAUCAUGAAGUUCUUAGUUUGGAUUUACUUUCAAAUCUCGAUUUUAAAGAGUAAAAUCUCAUUCCUGAGGGUAAGAGAUGCAGCAGCUGAUGCUGUUCUGCUGGUUGGUUCCAAACAGUCCGUGCUUUCCAUGAAUUGUAAAUAUUUGUUGAAACAAUUAAUGGUUGCAAAUUUUGAUCUUGGUAAAUAAAGUCGCUAAAAUAUUA